CUCGGUAGCAACCUGGAGACUGUGCAUACACCUUUUAAUUUCCUGAUGCAAUUGCAGUAUUUCUGAGCCUUUUUAUCUAUACUGUGUCUUUCCAUUCUCCUGCCUGCUGUGCAGCAUAUCUGCUCAGUAUGGAGGGGGGAGGGGAAGCUGAGAGGGAAGCAGCAAAUGCUGCUUCUGUUAUAAAAAAGGGGGAGUGUGAAGGCAAGCUGCAGAUCUCCUGAUUGGAACCUGGUACUUGCUGAUUUUUUCCUGUAUAAUUGUUAAAAGCACAAGAACCCUAGUAGGACAAAAACUGGCCACCCUAGACUGGGAGUAAGAAAUGUUGCAUAUUCAUCCAGGCUCUCCAGUAGUACCUCUUGAAUAAUACCAUCCUUACUUGUGAGCUCCUAUAAUAGGAAUGGGAAACCUGCGGUCCUCUGGAGGUUGGUGGAGUCAGACUCCCAUCAGCUUGAGGCAGCGUGGCCAGUAGUCAGGGAUGAUGCGAGCUGUAGUCCAGAGCACCCCCAGGCUGCAGGUUCCCAGCUCUUGUCAAAAGCAUGUGGCUGGCUGCUGAGGGAAACAAUGCUGAACAAAAUGGGCCUGUGUUGUGAUCUUUGCUUUUAGUUGUUUUCACUGGGUCCAGUCCAGUCCUAUGUGUGUGUACUUGGAAGGAAAUCCUGAUCUGGUCAGUGGGAGUUAACCGCCAGAGCUUAGAGCAGCUUCUGUAUGAUUACCAGGCAGUUUCGUGUGCAGUCAUCUGCUUCAGUUUGUUGAUGCCACUUGUUUCCUUCUCACGAUGAGAUGCUAUCUUUCAUACAACAUAAAGGUAUGAACCGAUGCAGCACUGACAACUGCCGGAAUGAAGAGCAAGCUCUUUCUUUUCCACUUUACAAAUCUGUGCAUAUUUCUGCCUUGAAGCAGAACGGACUCCUGCAGUCUCUGUCAGCAACCCCCAACGGAUGCAGAGAAACAGAUAUUAGUGAGGAGGUGCUACGAGUGAGGGAAGAAUGGGAUACUGUGGCAAGCAUCCAUCCAGGAGGCAUCGUGGAGAAGUCUCUUGGGCCAAUACCCUUAAUCUCUUUUAAUGAAGCACUGCAGUAUUUUCAAACAGCAGAUCUCUCAGACUGCAGGAAAAAGAUCCAGCCAACGGUGCGAAGGAGAGGACUGGCUGCCGUUGCCCAUUUUCUUUUCGGCCCUCCCCAUCUCCAUCAGCAGCUGCAAAGUGAGAGGGACUUAGCCCUGGCAAUAGCCCAGUGUGGCUUGGAUAACAAUGAAAAAGUGCACAUGAGGAUCCUGCAAACUAUCUACAAGAAAUUAACAGGGUCCCGUUUUGAUUGUGCCCGUUAUGGAGCCCACUGGGAAGACCUGGGAUUUCAAGGGAUGGAUCCUGGCACAGACCUACGUGGGACUGGAUUGCUAGGAUUAAUGCAAACAUUAUAUUUUGUAAUGGAUUCUCGGAUAUUACCAGUAGCUCGAGAGAUUUUCAAGCUAUCCCAUCAUGAAACGCAGAAUUUCCCUUUCUGCGUGAUGUCUGUCAAUAUUACUCGUAUUGUAAUCCAGGUACUGAGGGAAGAACGGCUUUCUAGAGAAUGUAAUCGAAGACAGCAGGUCAUCGCAGUGCUAAAUGAUUUAUAUGUGGCUGUAUUUUUGCGCCUCUUCAACAUCUGGAAAACACAACAAAAGACCAUUUCUGACUCUGGUUUUGUUCUGAAAGAAGUGGAGGCCUUUGCUAAAAGAAACCCGAAGCAGCUGCUGAGACAUUUGGAGACUUACAUGAGCGGGAGUGGUGUUUCAACAGGGGAAGACGACAUUCAGGCCCAUGCUUUCCCCUCAGAGGCUCUUGGUUCGAACCUGAGCUCUGUACAAGUUGAUAGUAAGGAGUUAAAUUUUACUGGAGUAGGCGACCUGCCGGCGGAGAGAGAGCAAGACAGCUGAUCUGGACCCAAGAGGAUGAGAAAAGUCCUUGUACAUGUUUAAUUGACAAAGGCGGUUGAUAGGGUCUCUUAGUGGCUCUGUGGGCUGGCUGCAAAAGGGCUCACAGGAAAGCUGAAGUUCUUGGGAUGCUGCUGAAGUAGAAGUGCCAGGGCUUCUGUCAGGGCCAGAGGCGCUAAGCACAGUGUCGUGAGAGCCCCAGGGGUGGAGUCUGGGAUCAAGAGCAAACUGCUUCAUUCUACAGUGAAGCAAUCUGGGCAGGAUCCAUCCAUCCCAGUUAGUAACACUAAAGCUGUGAAGCUGGCCUUUAUUUUGCUGCGGGAGUGUAUAUCUGAAUGUCGCAGUCCACUUGCACGCUGAAAAUAAAAUGUUCUUCCGGUUCCCAAGGCUUAAGAGGGCAUCGGUUUGUUAGAGCUAAGAAACCUAUGUUAAUGCAUUGCUGAAUCUGAGCUAAAGUGACCCUUGAGCUGCUGCAACCAGAGGCUUGUUGCGGGCUUAGAUUUCCUUCCGUUAGGAUUUUUAAUCUGGGAACAUAGAGACACAAAACUGUUGAAACCUUUUACUCCUGUCAGCUGGGAAGCAUCGAUCUCUCAGUUGAUGUGAACCUGCUGUGAUAUAUCAACCCACAGGGGUGUGUGUUGUGCGUGUGUGUGUUUUUCAAAUGGGAUAGUCAACAGGAACCACUAGGUGUGUACUGAAAUUGUGACCAUCUGACUUAUAUGCUGUUGAGGGUGGUAACAGAUAACCAGCAAUGACACAAUAGUUGUUUAAAAACUUCCCAUAUGGUGGCUGCAACUAAGAGGCAAGGUGGUGUAUAAACUUCAACCAUGUGGUAAACCCAGUGUUGUCAUACCUCUAGAUUUCUGAAUGGUUGUGUUGGAGUGGUAGUGGUGGUAAUACUAGGCUUACCAUGUGACUGGAGGCUUUGGAUGACUCUUGUAACAUGAUGGAAGUUGCCAUGUGGUUCCCAGACACUCAUUUCCACCCUGUGAUAAUCUCAUUUGGAUAUCCUGUCUGGCACAUCAGCUGUAUUGUAUGUAAAGUUCUAGCCCUGGCUGAUAAUGGGCUUUUCUAUUAAACUUACUACAAUCUUCACCCCCUAA